CUUCGUCACGCCGCCGAAGAGGAUUAAGGCCGAGCGCGGAGCGCGGGGAGGCUGGGUGAGUGUCGCAGCCGGUUUCCCGCGGCGGUUUGCCGAACUCCCACCCACCAUGGAGCCGGUUGUGGAGGGAGCGGCCGCGACCGCAGGUCCCGUGUCGGGCGCCCGCGCCAACGAUGAGCCCCCCGAAGUCGAAGAAAGAGUCGGAGCAGCGGUGGAGGAGAAGGACGCCGCCGCGAGGGGAGCGGAGCCCGUCGGGGACAGCGAGGAGGACGGAGAGGACGUGUUCGAGGUGGAGAAGAUCCUGGACAUGAAGACCGAGGGGGGUAGGGUGCUUUACAAGGUCCGCUGGAAAGGAUAUACAUCAGACGAUGACACCUGGGAGCCUGAGGUCCACCUGGAGGACUGUAAAGAGGUACUUCUUGAUUUUAGGAAGAAAGUUGCGGAGAACAAAGCCAGAGCAAUCAAGAAGGACAUUCAGAGACUAUCCUUAAAUAAUGAUAUAUUUGAGGCAAACUCUGAUAGUGAUCAGCAAAGUGAGACAAAAGAAGAUACUUCCCCAAGGAAGAAAAAGAAAAAAUUAAGGCAUAGAGAAGAGAAAAGCCCAGAUGAUCUGAAAAAGAAAAAAGUAAAGACUGGGAAACUGAGAGAUAAAUCCAAACUAGACCUGGAGAGCUCCUUGGAAAAUUUUGUUUUUGAUUUAAGGACAAAGAAAAGAAUUUUGGAAGCCAAAGAAGAAUUAAAGGAAUUGAAAAAGCCCAAAAAAGAUGAAAUAAAAGAAACUAAAGAAGUAAAGAAAGUUAAAAAGGGUGAAAUAAGGGAUUUAAAGACUAAAAUAAGAGAAGACCCCAAAGAAAACAGAAAAACAAAAAAAGAGAAAUGUGUUGAAUCUCAGGUGGAGUUUGAAUCGAGCGCACUUGAUGAUUCCCCGUUGCAGGAGCACGACAGUGAAGAUUUACAUUCUGACGACAGAGAAGAGAAACAGAAAAUUAAAAGUGCAAAAGACAGAGCAGGGCAAGAUGCAGGGCAGGACCAAGCUCUUGAUAAACAGCUGGAUGGUGUCACAAGUGCUGACGAGGAUGCUGAUGUCAAGGCCAAGAGGAAAAAAAAAUCCCCGAGAAAGGCUGAGGAACCCAAAGAGAACAGGAAGCUAGAAAACAGGAAUGCUUUCCUAGAGAAGAAAACUGUGCCCAGAAAGCAGAAGAAUCAAGAUAAAGGCAAAAGUACCACCGAAUUCGAGAAGCUGACGCCCGCCUCUGUCCAGAAGCAAAAGGGUUUGAGAUUGGGUGGGGAAGAACGAGGCCUCAGGUCCACCGACCCGACCACCACCAUGACCAUGACCACGACCACGACCAUGACCACGGAGGAGGAGAAAGAGGCCAAAAAAAAUGAACCCAAAGAAAAAUACCAGAAAAGGCAUGAUUCAGACAAGGAAGAAAAAGGCCGAAAAGAGCCAAAGGGAUUAAAGACAUUUAAGGAAAUCAGAAAUGCAUUUGACUUAUUUAAAUUAACUCCAGAAGAAAAAAAUGAUGUUCCUGAUAGUAAUCGGAAACGAGAAGAAGUACCACUGGAUUGUAAAACCACAGAAGAUCACAAAACCAAGGAAAGCAAGCAAUUACUUAAAGAAAGGAGAAACACAAGAGAUGAAGCAGAUACUUGGGCAUACAUUGCUGCAGAAGGUGACCAGGAGGUUUUGGACAGUGUGUACCAAAUGGAUGAGAAUGCGGAUGGCCGGCAACAUAUUUUGAGUUUGGGCAUGGACUUGCAGUUGGAAUGGAUGAAAUUAGAAGAUUUUCAAAAGCAUCUUGAUGGGGAAGAUGAGAAUUUUGCCACAGCUGAUGCAAUUCCAAGUAAUUUGUUGAGGGAUGCUGUGAAAAAUGGGGAUUAUGUUACUGUAAAGGUUGCACUUAAUUCAGAUGAAGAGUAUAACCUGGACCAAGAGGACGCCAGCGGGAUGACGCUGGUGAUGCUCGCUGCGGCGGGGGGACAGGACGACCUCCUGCGCCUCCUCAUCACCAAGGGCGCCAAAGUGAACGGCCGGCAGAAGAACGGGACCACUGCCCUCAUUCACGCUGCCGAGAAGAACUUUCUAACCACAGUGGCUAUCCUUUUGGAAGCGGGAGCUUUUGUGAACGUGCAGCAGAGCAAUGGCGAGACCGCGCUAAUGAAGGCCUGUAAGAGAGGAAAUUCGGACAUCGUACGGCUUGUAAUUGAAUGUGGAGCUGACUGCAAUAUUUUGUCAAAGCACCAAAAUAGUGCACUGCAUUUUGCAAAGCAGUGUAACAAUGUGCUCGUGUACGACUUGCUGAAGAGCCAUUUGGAGACACUUUCAAGAGUAGCAGAAGAGACAAUAAAGGAUUACUUUGAAGCUCGUCUUGUUCUACUGGAACCAGUCUUUCCAAUAGCAUGUCAUCGACUCUGUGAGGGACCAGAUUUUUCAACAGACUUCAGUUACAAGCCCCCACAGAACAUUCCAGAAGGCUCUGGCAUCCUGUUGUUCAUUUUCCAUGCAAACUUUUUGGGUAAAGAAGUUAUUGCUCGCCUCUGUGGACCAUGCAGCGUACAAGCCGUGGUUUUAAAUGAUAAAUUUCAACUUCCUGUUUUUCUGGACAGUCAUUUUGUUUACUCGUUCAGCCCUGUCGCAGGCCCCAAUAGACUCUUUAUAAGGUUGUCGGAAGCACCCUCUGCUAAGGUGAAGUUGCUAAUAGGAGCAUACAGAGUGCAGCUACAAUGACCAAGCAGAAGGGAUUGGGAUGCAGUCAUUUCCAGAUCAAUUCCUAAAUAUUCUCUUUGAAGCAGUUUGGAAUUCUUCUGGCACAUGUCAAACUUUCACUUGUAAAGUUUUGUCUGCAAACCUC